AUGACUGGUAAACCUGAAAUCCUUGUGUCCAUUGACCUCGGCACCACUUAUACUGGGGUUGCCUGGAUGACACCGAGAACACCGAUUCAAGUCAUUAACGAUUGGCCCGGAAGCGGAGAUCGUGGAGAACGAAAAGUUCCGACAACUCUGAUCUACAACGCAGACGGUAGUCUUUCCUCAUGGGGUUUCAUGUGUGCAGACGACGAUGAGAAUGUGCCCGGCAAGACUCGACGUGAGUUCUUCAAGAUCUUUCUUGACGACGAAACCUUGGCAGCAGCGCAGAAGCAAGGCCUUGAACAUGUUCCUCGUAGAACUUUGGACGCGCAAAGAUUCAUCACGGACUACUUGAGACAGGUAUAUCUACACAUCAAAGAGAGUAUAGAAACUCAGUGCGGUCGACGUCAUUUUGGUGGUUGGGCGAGUAUGGCAGUGACCUUCUUAUUCAGCGCACCGACGACGUGGACCAAAAUGGGAGUCGUCAACGCUUUCAAGAAUGCAAUAAGCAAUGCCGGCUUUGGCAUCGAAGGACCUGAUCAUAUGGCGCAGGUUGACUUGACAGAGGCAGAAGCAGCUGCAGUCGCAACUCUCAAGACGAGCCCCGUAGAGUUUCAGCUGGGGAACCUCUUUCUGACGGUCGACGCAGGUGGUGGAACCACCGACCUAGCCUUGAUGCAAAUAACAUCAACCGAUGGCAAUUUCCCGCAAAUGUCGCAAAUGGCAGCUGUGAGGGGAGUUGGCAUUGGUGCAUCCCUCAUUGAUAGGGCCUUUGUUCGAUUGGUAGCUCAACGACUAGCUACCUGCCCUGAUGCCCACGCUCGACUGCCGAUCGAUUUUGCCAAUAGAAUGGCGAGGAGUCAUCAUUUCCGGACGGUGAAACACAAAUUCGGAGAGAGAGCGUACAUGCAAUCCGUCUACAAGAUCCAGAUGGAGGGUGUUUCUCAUGACUUCAGUCAUCCUGGAUUACGGGUUGAAAAUGGGAGGAUGGUUUUCUCUAAAUUGACUGACAAAGGAUCCAGGGAAGAGAUAAGCUCGCUAUUCGAAGUCCAAAUCGAAGGCAUAUUGAGGAGAAUUAAGGAACAACUGGAUUGGUUAGGCGCAAAUGGCCAGCCUCAGCAAGUCGAUCAUAUGGUUUUGUCCGGUGGCCUCGGAAGUUCUGCAUAUGUUCGAGAUAGGCUCCAGCAACAGUUCACCAGUUACCCACACCCGAAUGCGAGCCAGAUUGCAGUUAUUCCCUGCCAAGACCCUCAACUCGUGGUCGUGCGGGGUUUGCUUCUCGAUCACCAGCAAAAGAUGGAGUCUGGCAAUCUGGCCGUACUGGCUACGCGGAUAGCCCGAGCCAGCUACGGAAUCAUCGUCCGUGAGAUAUACUCGCCAGCUAAACAUUUUAACGAGGACAUUGUCGAUGAUUCGUUCGAACAGAAACAGAAGUGGGCCAUCAAUCAAAUAGAAUGGCUCAUUCGGAAGGGGGAUGUCAUCAAUCCAAGCAAGCCCUUGGUGAAGUCAUUUGAUAUUCGACUCAAAGCGGCGGAGACGACUAGGUCAUGGGACGCCAAAAUUGUGGUUUCCCACAAUGAGGUGUCCUUUCUGCCGAGCAGUAUGAAGCACGCUGGAGCAUCGAAGCUUUGCGAAGUCAAGAGCAAUCUCACGGGCGUACAACAGGAGCAGCUGAUCCUCAAAGAGAAGAGGGGUACGUGUUUCUCCCGCGGUUUCAAGUUCUACAUAUGUCAAUUUGAUAUACGAGUCAUUGUUGCGCCUGCCGACUUGCGAUUUGAGCUUUGGUUUGCAGGCCAGAAGUUCUCGGGAAAUCACGACCCAAUCGCGGUGACAUGGGAGGACGAAGGGGCUAGCACAACAAGUGAAAAGUAA